CAACAUCCCCGACGACGAGGAAGAAGAUUAAGUUUAUCGAAUCAUCACUAUCUCGAAGAUCACUUACAAACGACGAGUGAAGAGGUGAAGGAGCUUGCAACAGCUACGAGUGAGGGACGGAUGGAUGACCGCUCCCCAUAUUUUACAGGGUAGAUCAUUCGACAAGUCAUUCUUUUCACUCGCUACCCGAUGCCUCUCACACGUCGAUCUGCCCGGGUCAGCAGCUCGGGGGCUAAACAAGAUCCUUUGGUCGCUGAAGAGUCGUCGUCUGAUCUCACCUUCUCCACUUCAUCACUCCUCCUGACCUAUGACCAGUCUCUCCGUUUGGUACCAUGGCAAACAGACAACGACUAUGUCCUCACGGGUUAUCGAAGACAACAGCGUACCAUACAAGACUGUCUUCGGAGCUCCGUGGCCUAUCUUCACAACGAGACAGUCAACAUACACUCUCAUUCUCUCGGAGCAGCUUUCUUUGCUAUACUGCUGCCCUUACAUCUUCAUCCCACGCACUUUCCCCACUUCUCCUUCUCAGACAGAGCGACACCUGUUCCUCCAACCUUGCAUGACAAGGUGGCUUUGACCCUUUACCUGUCAUGCGCCAUGACAUGUCUAGGACUCAGUAGCUGGUUUCACACAGUGCAGUGUCAUUCAAAGGCGACUUGCGAUGCUGCUCAUCGGGGAGAUUAUCGGAUUGGAAUCGUCACCUUGAUCGUUGGCAGUAUUUUGCCCGGGAUGUAUUACGCUUUCCACGACUCUCUUUUCUUUCAGACUUACGUCAUAGCUGCCAUCAGCGCAGCCGGUAUCGCAUCUGCAUAUAUCGUUCUCUCGCCUCAUCAUAGAGCUCAUCGAUGGCACCGCACGCUCACCUUUAUUGCCCUUGGUCUGUCCGCUGUGAUUCCCGUGGGACACGUGGUGGCGACGAAAGGCAUAUCGUAUUCUCGCCAAGUCCUCUCCUUGGACCUCCUCGUAGCUGGAGGGGUAUCUUAUAUCUUUGGUGCAGUCUUAUAUGCCGCUCGUUUUCCUGAACAACUCGCACCCGGCCGUUUCGACUACUUCGGCCAUUCGCAUCAGAUCUUUCACUUGUUUGUGCUGGCUGGUGCCGGGUGUCAAUAUGCCGCGCUGAGAGGGAUGGUCUGGGGUAGAGCUAUGGCGGUCGGACAUCAGUUCUCAUGAAAGGACCUCCAUGUCUCACAUCUUUAUCAUCAGUCACACGCCUCGUAGCUGCGUAGAUCGUCGGAAGACCACCUAUUUGUGUUCAGAAUCUCAUGUUUUCGAACGACUAUCAUUUCAACUCCAGAUGAGGGCUUUGACGAUCAUCAGGAUGACCUCCGACCUCUUUAGUAGGCAAUCUUCACAUUCGACUUCCGCAUCUUUCACAAACACCCAAGCUUGACCACGCGAAUCUAAUGGCGACACCGGUUCUGCUCGAUCCGCGAUACCAGUUCCAUGAUCUUAAUCCUUCUCCGAGCCUGUCAGAAUAAAAGGAGCUUGGACGGGGGACUGUGGAAUGUUGAGAACUCCUAAACUAGUCCACUUCGCCCGAUCAAAUCCGGAGCGGAUUGCAUAGGUAAAUCUCCUUAACAAUGCACCUUUCGAUUC